CAUGUAAGUACCAAAAAGGAUCAGGCUUUUCCACAAAAUUCUCAUGUUGAAUAACUCUGCUCCUAUCCAAGCAGCUUGUAACAGUUUGACGUUACAGAGGGUUAAUUAUCUCAGGAAAAAACAAACAAACAACCAACAGGUACUUUAAAAAUGUUUUGUUAAAAAUGGUUCCAUGGCAGAGAAAGGUAACCUGGCCCGUUUAUUUUUUUUAAGUUGAAGACAUUUGGCUUUUUUCCCACCAAAGACUUUCAUAAUUCUUAAUUCUAAAGAAAAAAAGAAAAAGAUUUUCAAAAGACCUACUUCUACUGUAAAUGUCUAGAAAAGACACAGUUGUUUUACUGUAUUGAGAAAAUCUGAAAUUGUAUUAUGCUUUGUCGUGUGUAGCAACCCUGCAAGAAACAAACAUUUAAGGUUUCGAAUUGUCACAAUUCUACAACUCGACUAGGUAGCUAGAAGGACUGGUUUGUUCACUUCAGAGAAUGGAAUCCCAACAAUACUUAUACUGUAUUUUUGCAUGAAGCAUGAAGAUGACUGAUUGGGGUUUCAUGUUUUUUUUUGGUUUUGUUGUCUUUAGCCUGAUUCCUUUAAAGCCUCCAACACUCAGAGUCACGUCACAUUUCUCUGAUACUUAGCUAUUAUAAAAGACUCAUCAAAGCAUCACAGAAAUAGUUGAAGAGCAGAAGGAUAAUGUUCAAGUCAUCUCUUAAGUUCUAUUACCUGGAUUUAAGUUUCUUUUGAGGAACUCAUCCUAUUUGAAUAAAAACUUUCAAUUUGAGGAGAGAUUUCUUAAAUUAUCCAGUUGAGAGGACAAACUGCAAUGGGACUUCAAAAAAUGUUUUUGCGCCUCCUCAUAAUAUCAGGUAUUCUAACAACAACCAUGACUGAUUUAUCAAAAAAGUCAGAUGCAACAUCAAUCUCACUCUCAACAAACGCAAGUGAAAUCUGCAACUGUUGCUGUGAAUGCUGUGUUGAUGAACAAACAACAAGCAAGAUUCAACAAACUACAACAGGAUCAACAAUUUGCCAAACGGAAGAAACAACAUCCCAAGACAAGACAACAGUGGUAGAGACAACUGCUAUAACAUUAACUCAUGGUUCGACAAAACCAAAAUCCCCAACAACAUUUUUGCAGACAACAUCAAGGACAGGCACACCUACCACAAUAAUUGAUGAGACCAACGUCUCAACUGCUGUAACUACGGCAACAACAGAGGUGAAGCCAACAACCACAGCUUUAUCCUCCACAGCAGUUACUAAUGCCACAAGUAGUCAUGCCAAAUCAACAACAACAGCAUUUGUACCUACAACAAGUACAGAGGCACCUUCUACAAGAACUCAUGAGGCCAGCGAUUCAACAACUGAAACUACAGAAAGAACAGAAGUGAAACCAACAACCACAGCUUUAUCCUCCACAUUAGUUACUGCUACCACACGCAAGAGUGCCACAUCAACUACAACAGUAUUUGUACCUACAACAAGUAGAGAGGCACCUUCUCAAAGAACUGAUGAGACUAGCGUUUCAACUGCUGAAACUACAGCAACAACAGAAGUGCAACCAACAACCACGGCUUCAAUAUCCACAACAGUUAAUACUGCCAAAAGCAGUGGAGCCACACCAACAACAACAGCAUUUGUACCUACAACAGAGUUGCCAACACAAACCUCAGCUACUUCCUUCACAACAAUUACUACUGCCACGAUACAUAGUGCAACACCAACGACAACAGCAUUUACACUGAUAACAAGUAAAGGCACACCUACAACAAUAAUUGAUGAAACCAGCGUCUCAAUUACUGUAACUAAGGCAACAAUAGAGGUGAAACCAAAAACCACAGCAUCAAUAUCCUCCACAACAGUUACUAAUGCCACAAGUAGUCAUGCCAAUUCAACUACAACAGCAUAUGUACCUACAACUAGUACAGAGGCACCCUCUACGAGGACUGAUGAGACCAGCGUUUCAACUGCUAAAACUACAGCAACAACAGAGGUGCAACCAACAAGCACAGCUUCAAUAUCCACAGUAGUUACUACUGCCAAAAGCAGUAAAGCCACACCAACAACAACAGCAUUUGUACAUACAAAAACAGAGUUGCCAACACCAACCUCAGCUACUUCCUUCAGAACAAUGACUACUGCAACAGAAAUUAGUGCAACACCAACAACAACGGCAUUUACACCAACAAGUACAGGCACACCUACCACAAAAAUUGAUGAGACCAGCAAUUCAACUGCUGAAACUACAGCAACAACAGAGGUGCAACCAACAACACAAGCUUUAUCCCCUACAACAGUUACUGCUGCCACACACAAGAGUGCCACAUCAUUUACAACAGUUUUUCUACCUACACCAAGUACAGAGUUACCUUCUAAAAGAACAGAUGAGGCCAGCGUCUUAACUGUUGAAACUACAGCAACAACAGAGAUGCAACCAACAACCACGGCUUUAUCCCCUACAACAGUUACUGCUGCCACACACAAGAGUGCCGCAUCAUCUACAACAACAUUUGUACAUACAACAAGUACAGAGUUACCUUCUACAAGAACUGAUGAGGCCAGCGUUUCAACUGCUGAAACUACAGCAACAACAGAGGUGCAACCAAUAACCACAGCUUCAACAUCCACAACAGUUACUACUACCAAAAGGAGUAAAGCCACACCAACAACAGCAGCAUUUGUACAUACAACAACCGAGUUGCCAACAGAGUACACAACACAAAUCUCAGCUACUUCCUUCACAACCAUUACUACUGCCACAGAAAUUAGUGCGAAACCAACAACAACAGCAUUCACACCAACAAGUACAGGCAUACCUACCACAUUAUUUGAUGAGACCAGAGAUUCAACUGCUGAAACUACAGCAACAACAGAGGUGCAACCAACAACACAAGCUUUAUCCCCUACAACAGUUACUGCUGCCACACACAAGAGUGCCACAUCAUCUACAACAGUUUUUGUACCUACACCAAGUACAGAGUUACCUUCUAAAAGAACAGAUGAGGCCAGCAUCUUAACUGCUGAAACUACAGCAACAACAGAGAUGCAAUCAACAACCACGGCUUUAUCCCCUACAACAGUUACUGCUGCCACACACAAGAGUGCCACAUCAUCUACAACAACAUUUGUACCUACAACAAGUACAGAGUUACCUUCUAUAAGAACUGAUGAGGCCAGCGUUUCAACUGCUGAAGCUACAGCAACAACAGAGGUGCAACCAACAACCACAGCUUCAAUAUCCACGACAGUUACUAAUACCAAAAGCAGUAAAGCCACUCCAAGAACAACAGCAUUUGUACAUAUAACAAACGAGUUGCCAACACAAACAUCAGCUACUUCCUUCACAACAAUUACUACUGCCAUAGAAAUUAGUGCAAAACCAACAAAAACAGCAUUCACACCAACAAGUACAAGCACACUUAUACAAUUAUUUGAUGAGACCAGAGAUUCAACUGCUGAAACUACAGCAACAACAGAGGUGAAACCAACAACCACAGCUUUAUCCCCUACAACAGUUACUGCUGCCACACACAAGAGUGCCACAUCAUCUACAACAGUGUUUGUACCUACACCAAGUACAGAGUUACCUUCUACAAGAACUGAUGAGGCCAGCGUUUCAACUGCUGAAACUACAGCAACAACAGAGGUGCAACCAACAACCACAGCUUCAAUAUCCACAACAGUUACUACUACCAAAAGCAGUAAAGCCACACCACCAACAACAGCAUUUGUACAUACAACAACCGAGUUGCCAACACAAACAUCAGCUACUUCCUUCACAACAACUACUACUGCCACAGAAAUUAGUGCAAAACCAACAACAACAGCAUUCACACCAACAAGUACAGGCUCACCUACCAAAUUAUUUGAUGAGACCAGCAAUUCAACUGCUGAAACUACAGCAACAACAGAGGUGCAACCAACAACCACAGCUUUAUCCCCUACAACAGUUACUGCUGCCACACACAAGAGUGCCACAUCAUCUACAACAGUGUUUCUACCUACACCAAGUACAGAGUUACCUUCUACAAGAACUGAUGAGGCCAGCGUUUCAACUGCUGAAACUACAGCAACAACAGAGGUGCAACCAACAACCACAGCUUUAUCCCCUACAACAGUUACUGCUGCCACACACAAGAGUGCCACAUCAUCUACAACAGUGUUUGUACCUACACCAAGUACAGAGUUACCUUCUACAAGAACUGAUGAGGCCAGCGUUUCAACUGCUGAAACUACAGCAACAACAGAGGUGCAACCAACAACCACAGCUUUAUCCCCUACAACAGUUACUGCUGCCACACCCAAGAGUGCCACAUCAUCUACAACAACAUUUGUACCUACAACAAGUACAGAGUUACCUUCUACAAAAACUGAUGAGGCCAGCGUUUCAACUGCUGAAACUACAGCAACAGACGUGAAACCAACAACCACAGCUUUAUCCCCUACAACAAUUACUGCUGCCACACACAAAAGCGCCACAUCAUCUACAACAGUAUUUGUACCUACACCAAGUACAGGCACACCUACCACAUUAUUUGAUGAGACCAGAGAUUCAACUGCUGAAACUACAGCAACAACAGAGGUGCAACCAACAACCACAGCUUUAUCCCCUACAACAGUUACUGCUGCCACACACAAGAGUGCCACAUCAUCUACAACAGUGUUUGUACCUACACCAAGUACAGAGUUACCUUCUACAAGAACUGAUGAGGCCAGCGUUUCAACUGCUGAAACUACAGCAACAACAGAGGUUCAACCAACAACCACAGCUUUAUCCCCUACAACAGUUACUGCUGCCACACACAAGAGUGCCACAUCAUCUACAACAACAUUUGUACCUACAACAAGUACAGAGGCACCUUCUACAAGAACUGAUGAGGCCAGCGUUUCAACUGUUGAAAAUACAGCAACAACAGAGGUGCAACCAACAACCACAGCUUCAAUAUCCACAACAGUUACCACUACCAAAAGCAGUAAAGCCGCACCAACAACAACAGCAUUUGUAUAUACAACAACAGAGUUUCCAACCGAGUUGCAAACACAAACAUCAGCUACUUCCUUCACAACAAUUACUACUGCCAUAGAAAUUAGUGCAAAACCAACAACAGCAUUCACACCAACAAGUACAGGCACACCUACCAAAUUAUUUGAUGAGACCAGAGAUUCAACUGCUGAAACUAUAGCAACAACAGAGGUGCAACCAACAACCACAGCUUUAUCCCCUACAACAGUUACUGCUGCCACACACAAGAGUGCCACAUCAUCUACAACAGUGUUUGUACCUACACCAAGUACAGAGUUACCUUCUACAAGAACUGAUGAGGCCAGCGUUUCAACUGCUGAAACUACAGCAACAACAGAGGUGCAACCAACAACCACAGCUUUAUCCCCUACAACAGUUACUGCUGCCACACACAAGAGUGCCACAUCAUCUACAUCAACAUUUGUACCUACAACAAGUACAGAAGCACCUUCUACAAGAACUGAUGAGGCCAGCGCUUCAACUGCUGAAACUACAGCAACAACAGAGGUGCAACCAACAACCACAGCUUCAAUAUCCACAACAGUUACAACUACCAAAAACAGUAAAGCCACACCACCAACAACAGCAUUUGUACAUACAACAACCGAGUUGCCAACACAAACCUCAGCUACUUCCUUCACAACAACUACUACUGCCACAGAAAUUAGUGCAAAACCAACAACAACAGCAUUUACACCAACAAGUACAGGCUCAACUACCAAAUUAUUUGAUGAGACCAGCAAUUCAACUGCUGAAACUACAGCAACAACAGAGGUGCAACCAACAACCAUAGCUUUAUCCCCUACAACAGUUACUGCUGCCACACACAAGAGUGCCACAUCAUCUACAACAGUGUUUGUACCUACACCAAGUACAGAGUUACCUUCUACAAGAACUGAUGAGGCCAGCGUUUCAACUGCUGAAACUACAGCAACAACAGAGGUGCAACCAACAACCACAGCUUUAUCCCCUACAACAGUUACUGCUGCCACACACAAGAGUGCCACAUCAUCUACAACAACAUUUGUACCUACAACAAGUACAGAGGCACCUUCUACAAGAACUGAUGAGGCCAGCGUUUCAACUGUUGAAACUACAGCAACAACAGAGGUGCAACCAACAACCACAGCUUCAAUAUCCACAACAGUUACAACUACCAAAAGGAGUAAAGCCGCACCAACAACAACAGCAUUUGUAUAUACAACAACAGAGUUUCCAACCGAGUUGCCAACACAAACCUCAGCUACUUCCUUCACAACAAUUACUACUGCCAUAGAAAUUAGUGCAAAACCAACAACAGCAUUUGUACAUACAACAACCGAGUUGCCAACACAAACCUCAGCUACUUCCCUCACAACAACUACUACUGCCACAGAAAUUAGUGCAAAACCAACAACAGCAUUCACACCAACAAGUACAGGCACACCUACCACAUUAUUUGAUGAGACCAGAGAUUCAACUGCUGAAACUACAGAAACAACAGAGGUGCAACCAACAACCACAGCUUUAUCCCCUACAACAGUUACUGCUGCCACACACAAGAGUGCCACAUCAUCUACAACAGUGUUUGUACCUACACCAAGUACAGAGUUACCUUCUACAAGAUCUGAUGAGGCCAGCGUUUCAACUGCUGAAACUACAGCAACAACAGAGGUGCAACCAACAACCACAGUUUUAUCCCCUACAACAGUUACUGCUGCCACACACAAGAGUGCCACAUCAUCUACAACAACAUUUGUACCUACAACAAGUACAGAAGCACCUUCUACAAGAACUGAUGAGGCCAGCGCUUCAACUGCUGAAACUACAGCAACAACAGAGGGGCAACCAACAACCACAGCUUCAAUAUCCACAACAGUUACAACUACGAAAAGCAGUAAAGCCACACCACCUACAACAGCAUUUGUACAUACAACAACCGAGUUGCCAACACAAACCUCAGCUACUUCCUUCACAACAACUACUACUGCCACAGAAAUUAGUGCAAAACCAACAACAACAGCAUUCACACCAACAAGUACAGGCUCAAAUACCAAAUUAUUUGAUGAGACCAGCAAUUCAACUGCUGAAACUACAGCAACAACAGAGGUGCAACCAACAACCACAGCUUUAUCCCCUACAACAGUUACUGCUGCCACACACAAGAGUGCCACAUCAUCUACAACAGUGUUUGUACCUACACCAAGUACAGAGUUACCUUCUACAAGAACUGAUGAAGCCAGCGUUUCAACUGCGGAAACUACAGCAACAACAGAGGUGCAACCAACAACCACAGCUUUAUCCCCUACAACAGUUACUGCUGCCACACACAAGAGUGCCACAUCAUCUACAACAACAUUUGUACCUACAACAAGUACAGAGUUACCUUCUACAAAAACUGAUGAGGCCAGCGUUUCAACUGCUGAAAAUACAGCAACAGAGGUGCAACCAACAACCACAGCUUUAUCCCCUACAACAGUUACUGCUGCCACACACAAGAGCGCCACAUCAUCUACAACAGUAUUUGUACAUACACAAAGUACAGAGACACCUUCUACAAGAACUGAUGAGGCCAGCGUUUCAACUGCUGAAACUACAGCAACAACAGAGGUGCAACCAACAACCACAGCUUUAUCCCCUACAACAGUUACUGCUGCCACACACAAGAGUGCCACAUCAUCUACAACAGUGUUUGUACCUACACCAAGUACAGAGUUACCUUCUACAAGAACUGAUGAGGCCAGCGUUUCAACUGCUGAAACUACAGCAACAACAGAGGUGCAGCCAACAACCACAGCUUUAUCCCCUACAACAGUUACUGCUGCCACACACAAGAGUGCCACAUCAUCUACAACAACAUUUGUACCUACAACAAGUACAGAAGCACCUUCUACAAGAACUGAUGAGGCCAGCGUUUCAACUGCUGAAACUACAGCAACAACAGAGGUGCAACCAACAACCACAGCUUCAAUAUCCACAACAGUUACAACUACCAAAAGCAGUAAAGCCACACCAACAACAACAGCAUUUGUACAUACAACAACAGAGUUUCCAACCGAGUUGCCAACACAAACCUCAGCUACUUCCUUCACAACAAUUACUACUGCCAUAGAAUUUAGUGCAAAACCAACAACAGCAUUCACACCAAAAAGUACAGGCACACCUACCACAUUAUUUGAUGAGACCAGAGAUUCAACUGCUGAAACUACAGCAACAACAGAGGUGCAACCAACAACCACAGCUUUAUCCCCUACAACAGUUACUGCUGCCACACACAAGAGUGCCACAUCAUCUACAACAGUGUUUGUACCUACACCAAGUACAGAGUUACCUUCUACAAGAACUGAUGAGGCCAGCGUUUCAACUGCUGAAACUACAGCAACAACAGAGGUGCAACCAACAACCACAGCUUUAUCCCCUACAACAGUUACUGCUGCGACAUACAAGAGUGCCACAUCAUCUACAACAACAUUUGUACCUACACCAAGUACAGAGUUACCUUCUACAAAAACUGAUGAGGCCAGCGUUUCAACUGCUGAAACUACAGCAACAACAGAGGUGCAACCAACAACCACAGCUUUAUCCCCUACAACAGUUAUUGCUGCCACACACAAGAGUGCCACAUCAUCUACAACAACAUUUGUACCUACAACAAGUACAGAGUUACCUUCUACAAAAAAUGAUGAGGCCAGCGUUUCAACUGCUGAAACUACAGCAACAACAGAGGUGCAACCAACAACCACAGCUUUAUCCCCUACAACAGUUACUGCUGCCACACACAAGAGUGCCACAUCAUCUACAACAGUGUUUGUACCUACACCAAGUACAGAGUUACCUUCUAUAAGAACUGAUGAGGCCAGCGUUUCAACUGCUGAAACUACAGCAACAACAGAGGUGCAACCAACAACCACAGCUUUAUCCCCUACAACAGUUACUGCUGCGACAUACAAGAGUGCCACAUCAUCUACAACAACAUUUGUACCUACACCAAGUACAGAGUUACCUUCUACAAAAACUGAUGAGGCCAGCGUUUCAACUGCUGAAACUACAGCAACAACAGAGGUGCAACCAACAACCACAGCUUUAUCCCCUACAACAGUUACUGCUGCCACACACAAGAGUGCCACAUCAUCUACAACAGUGUUUGUACCUACACCAAGUACAGAGUUACAUUCUACAAGAACUGAUGAGGCCAGCGUUUCAACUGCUGAAACUACAGCAACAACAGAGGUGCAACCAACAACCACAGCUUUAUCCCCUACAACAGUUAUUGCUGCCACACACAAGAGUGCCACAUCAUCUACAACAACAUUUGUACCUACAACAAGUACAGAGUUACCUUCUACAAAAACUGAUGAGGCCAGCGUUUCAACAGCUGAAACUACAGCAACAGAGGUGCAACCAACAACCACAGCUUUAUCCCCUACAACAGUUACUGCUGCCACACACAAGAGCGCCACAUCAUCUACAACAGUAUAUGUGCAUACACCAAGUACAGAGACACCUUCUACAAGAACUGAUGAGGCCAGCGUUUCAACUGCUGAAACUACAGCAACAACAGAGGUGCAACCAACAACCACACUUUUAUCCCCUACAACAGUUACUGCUGCCACACACAAGAGUGCCACAUCAUCUACAACAGUGUUUGUACCUACACCAAGUACAGAGUUACCUUCUAUAAGAACUGAUGAGGCCAGCGUUUCAACUGCUGAAACUACAGCAACAACAGAGGUGCAACCAACAACCACAGCUUUAUCCCCUACAACAGUUACUGCUGCGACAUACAAGAGUGCCACAUCAUCUACAACAACAUUUGUACCUACAACAAGUACAGAGUUACCUUCUACAAAAACUGAUGAGGCCAGUGUUUCAACUGCUGAAACUACAGCAACAACAGAGGUGCAACCAACAACCACAGCUUUAUCCCCUACAACAGUUACUGCUGCCACACACAAGAGUGCCACAUCAUCUACAACAACAUUUGUACCUACAACAAGUACAGAGUUACCUUCUACAAAAACUGAUGAGGCCAGCGUUUCAACUGCUGAAACUACAGCAACAGAGGUGCAACCAACAACCACAGCUUUAUCCCCUACAACAGUUACUGCUGCCACACACAAGAGCGCCACAUCAUCUACAACAGUAUAUGUACAUACACCAAGUACAGAGACACCUUCUACAAGAACUGAUGAGGCCAGCGUUUCAACUGCUGAAACUACAGCAACAACAGAGGUGCAACCAACAACCACAGCUUUAUCCCCUACAACAGUUACUGCUGCCACACACAAGAGUGCCACAUCAUCUACAACAGUGUUUGUACCUACACCAAGUACAGAGUUACCUUCUAUAAGAACUGAUGAGGCCAGCGUUUCAACUGCUGAAACUACAGCAACAACAGAGGUGCAACCAACAACCACAGCUUUAUCCCCUACAACAGUUACUGCUGCGACAUACAAGAGUGCCACAUCAUCUACAACAGUGUUUGUACCUACACCAAGUACAGAGUUACCUUCUAUAAGAACUGAUGAGGCCAGCGUUUCAACUGCUGAAACUACAGCAACAACAGAGGUGCAACCAACAACCACAGCUUUAUCCCCUACAACAGUUACUGCUGCGACAUACAAGAGUGCCACAUCAUCUACAACAACAUUUGUACCUACAACAAGUACAGAGUUACCUUCUACAAAAACUGAUGAGGCCAGUGUUUCAACUGCUGAAACUACAGCAACAACAGAGGUGCAACCAACAACCACAGCUUUAUCCCCUACAACAGUUACUGCUGCCACACACAAGAGUGCCACAUCAUCUACAACAACAUUUGUACCUACAACAAGUACAGAGUUACCUUCUACAAAAACUGAUGAGGCCAGCGUUUCAACUGCUGAAACUACAGCAACAGAGGUGCAACCAACAACCACAGCUUUAUCCCCUACAACAGUUACUGCUGCCACACACAAGAGCGCCACAUCAUCUACAACAGUAUAUGAACAUACACCAAGUACAGAGACACCUUCUACAAGAACUGAUGAGGCCAGCGUUUCAACUGCUGAAACUACAGCAACAACAGAGGUGCAACCAACAACCACAGCUUUAUCCCCUACAACAGUUACUGCUGCCACACACAAGAGUGCCACAUCAUCUACAACAGUGUUUGUACCUACACCAAGUACAGAGUUACCUUCUAUAAGAACUGAUGAGGCCAGCGUUUCAACUGCUGAAACUACAGCAACAACAGAGGUGCAACCAACAACCACAGCUUUAUCCCCUACAACAGUUACUGCUGCCACACACAAGAGUGCCACAUCAUCUACAACAACAUUUGUACCUACAACAAGUACAGAAGCACCUUCUACAAGAGCUGAUGAGGCCAGCGUUUCAACUGCUGAAACUACAGCAACAACAGAGGUGCAACCAACAACCACAGCUUCAAUAUCCACAACAGUUACAAAUACCAAAAGCAGUGAAGCCACACCAACAACAACAGCAUUUGUGCAUACAACAACCGAGUUGCCAACAGAGUUGCCAACACAAACCUCAGCUACUUCCUUCACAACAAUUACUACUGCCAUAGAAAUUAGUGCAAAACCAACAACAGCAUUCACACCAACGAGUACAGGCACACCUACCACAUUAUUUGAUGAGACCAGCGAUUCAACUGCUGAAACUACAGCAACAACAGAGGUGCAACCAACAACCACAGCUUUAUCCCCUACAACAGUUACUGCUGCCACACACAAGAGUGCCACAUCAUCUACAACAGUGUUUGUACAUACACCAAGUACAGAGACACCUUCUACAAAAACUGAUGAGGCCAGCGUUUCAACUGCUGAAACUACAGCAACAGAGGUGCAACCAACAACCACAGCUUUAUCCCCUACAACAGUUACAGCUGCCACACACAAGAGCGCCACAUCAUCUACAACAGUAUUUGUACAUACACCAAGUACAGAGACACCUUCUACAAGAACUGAUGAGGCCAGCGUUUCAACUGCGGAAACUACAGCAACAACAGAGGUGCAACCAACAACCACAGCUUUAUCCCCUACAACAGUUACUGCUGCCACACACAAGAGUGCCACAUCAUCUACAACAGUGUUUGUACCUACACCAAGUACAGAGUUACCUUCUACAAGAACUGAUGAGGCCAGCGUUUCAACUGCUGAAACUACAGCAACAACAGAGGUUCAACCAACAACCACAGCUUUAUCCCCUACAACAGUUACUGCUGCCACACACAAGAGUGCCACAUCAUCUACAACAACAAUUGUACCUACAACAAGUACAGAAGCACCUUCUACAAGAACUGAUGAGGCCAGCGUUUCAACUGCUGAAACUACAGCAACAACAGAGGUGCAACCAACAACCACAGUUUCAAUAUCCACAACAGUUACAACUACCAAAAGCAGUAAAGCCACACCAACAACAACAUCAUUUGUACAUACAACAACAGAGUUUCCAACCGAGUUGCCAACACAAACCUCAGCUACUUCCUUCACAACAAUUACUACUGCCAUAGAAAUUAGUGCAAAACCAACAACAGCAUUCACACCAAAAAGUACAGGCACACCUACCACAUUAUUUGAUGAGACCAGAGAUUCAACUGCUGAAACUACAGCAACAACAGAGGUGCAACCAACAACCACAGCUUUAUCCCCUACAACAGUUACUGCUGCCACACACAAGAGUGCCACAUCAUCUACAACAGUGUUUGUACCUACACCAAGUACAGAGUUACCGUCUACAAGAACUGAUGAGGCCAGCGUUUCAACUGCUGAAACUACAGCAACAACAGAGGUGCAACCAACAACCACAGCUUUAUCCCCUACAACAGUUACUGCUGCGACAUACAAGAGUGCCACAUCAUCUACAACAACAUUUGUACCUACAACAAGUACAGAGUUUCCUUCUACAAAAACUGAUGAGGCCAGCGUUUCAACUGCUGAAACUACAGCAACAACAGAGGUGCAACCAACAACCACAGCUUUAUCCCCUACAACAGUUACUGCUGCCACACACAAGAGUGCCACAUCAUCUACAACAGUGUUUGUACCUACACCAAGUACAGAGUUACAUUCUACAAGAACUGAUGAGGCCAGCGUUUCAACUGCUGAAACUACAGCAACAACAGAGGUGCAACCAACAACCACAGCUUUAUCCCCUACAACAGUUACUGCUGCCACACACAAGAGUGCCACAUCAUCUACAACAACAUUUGUACCUACAACAAGUACAGAAACACUUUCUACAAGAGCUGAUGAGGCCAGCGUUUCAACUGCUGCAACUACAGCAACAACAGAGGUGCAACCAACAACCACAGCUUCAAUAUCCACAACAGUUACAACUACCAAAAGCAGUGAAGCCACACCAACAACAACAGCAUUUGUGCGUACAACAACCGAGUUGCCAACAGAGUUGCCAACACAAACCUCAGCUACUUCCUUCACAACAAUUACUACUGCCACAGAAAUUAGUUUAAAACCAACAACAACAGCAUUCACACGAACAAGUACAGGCAUACCUACCACAUUAUUUGAUGAGACCAGAGAUUCAAUUGCUGAAACUACAGCAACAACAGAGGUGCAACCAACAACCACAGCUUUAUCCCCUACAACAGUUACUGCUGCCACACACAAGAGUGCCACAUCAUCUACAACAGUAUUUGUAACUACACCAAGUACAGAGUUACCUUCUACAAAAACUGAUGAGGCCAGCGUUUCAACUGCUGAAACUACAGCAACAACAGAGGUGCAACCAACAACCACAGCUUUAUCCCCUACAACAGUUACUGCUGCCACACACAAGAGUGCCACAUCAUCUACAACAGUGUUUGUACCUACACCAAGUACAGAGUUACCGUCUACAAGAACUGAUGAGGCCAGCGUUUCAACUGCUGAAACUACAGCAACAACAGAGGUGCAACCAACAACCACAGCUUUAUCCCCUACAACAGUUACUGCUGCGACAUACAAGAGUGCCACAUCAUCUACAACAACAUUUGUACCUACAACAAGUACAGAGUUACCUUCUACAAAAACUGAUGAGGCCAGCGUUUCAACUGCUGAAACUACAGCAACAACAGAGGUGCAACCAACAACCACAGCUUUAUCCCCUACAACAGUUACUGCUGCCACACACAAGAGUGCCACAUCAUCUACAACAGUGUUUGUACCUACACCAAGUACAGAGUUACAUUCUACAAGAACUGAUGAGGCCAGCGUUUCAACUGCUGAAACUACAGCAACAACAGAGGUGCAACCAACAACCACAGCUUUAUCCCCUACAACAGUUACUGCUGCCACACACAAGAGUGCCACAUCAUCUACAACAACAUUUGUACCUACAACAAGUACAGAAACACUUUCUACAAGAGCUGAUGAGGCCAGCGUUUCAACUGCUGCAACUACAGCAACAACAGAGGUGCAACCAACAACCACAGCUUCAAUAUCCACAACAGUUACAACUACCAAAAGCAGUGAAGCCACACCAACAACAACAGCAUUUGUGCGUACAACAACCGAGUUGCCAACAGAGUUGCCAACACAAACCUCAGCUACUUCCUUCACAACAAUUACUACUGCCACAGAAAUUAGUUUAAAACCAACAACAACAGCAUUCACACGAACAAGUACAGGCAUACCUACCACAUUAUUUGAUGAGACCAGAGAUUCAAUUGCUGAAACUACAGCAACAACAGAGGUGCAACCAACAACCACAGCUUUAUCCCCUACAACAGUUACUGCUGCCACACACAAGAGUGCCACAUCAUCUACAACAGUAUUUGUAACUACACCAAGUACAGAGUUACAUUCUACAAAAACUGAUGAGGCCAGCGUUUCAACUGCUGAAACUACAGCAACAACAGAAGUGCAACCAACAACCACAGCUUUAUCUCCUACAACAGUUACUGCUGCCACACACAAGAGUACCACAUCAUCUACAACAGUAUUUGUAACUAAACCAAGUGCAGAGUUACCUUCUACAAAAACUGAUGAGGCCAGCGUUUCAACUGCUGAAACUACAGCAACAACAGAGGUGCAACCAACAACCACAGCUUUAUCCCCUACAACAGUUACUGCUGCCACACACAAGAGUGCCACAUCAUCUACAACAUCAUUUGUACCUAAAACAAGUACAGAGGCACCUUCUACAAGAACUGAUGAGGCCAGCGUUUCAACUGCUGAAAGUACAGCAACAACAGAGGUGCAACCAACAACCACAACUUCAAUAUCCACAACAGUUACAAUGACCAAAAGCAGUAAAGCCACACCAACAACAACAGCAUUUGUACAUACAACAACCGAGUUGCCAACAGAGUUGCCAACACAAACCUCAGCUACUUCCUUCACAACAAUUACUACUGCCAUAGAAUUUAUUGCAAAACCAACAACAACAGCAUUCACACCAAAAAGUACAGGCAUACCUAACACAUUAUUUGAUGAGACCAGAGAUUCAACUGCUGAAAAUACAGCAACAACAGAGGUGCAACCAACAACACAAGCUUUAUCCCCUACAACAGUUACUGCUGCCACACACAAGAGUGCCACAUCAUCUACAACAACAUUUGUACCUACAAGUACAGAGGCACCUUCUACAAGAACUGAUGAGGCCAGCGUUUCAACUGCUGAAACUACAGCAACAACAGAGGUGCAACCAACAACCACAGCUUCAAUAUCCACAACAGUUACAAUGACCAAAAGCAGUAAAGCCACACCAACAACAACAGCAUUUGUACAUACAACAACCGAGUUGCCAACCGAGUUGCCAACACAAACGUCAGCUACUUCCUUCACAACAAUUACUACUGCCUCAGAAAUUAGUGCAAAACCAACAACAGCAGCACUCACACCAACAAGUACAGGCACACCUACCACAUUAUUUGAUGAGACCAGCGAUUCAACUGCUGAAACUACAGCAACAACAGAGGUACAACCAACAACACAAGCUUUAUCCCCUACAACAGUUACUGCUGCCACACACAAGAGUGCCACAUCAUCUACAACAGUAUUUGUAACUACACCAAGUACAGAGUUACCUUCUACAAAAACUGAUGAGGCCAGCGUUUCAACUGCUGAAACUACAGCAACAGAGGUGCAACUAACAACCACAGCUUUAUCCCCUACAACAGUUACUGCUGCCACACACAAGAGCGCCACAUCAUCUACAACAGUAUUUGUACCUACACCAAGUACAGAGACACCUUCUACAAGAACUGAUGAGGCCAGCGUUUCAACUGCUGAAACUACGGCAAAAACAGAGGUGCAACCAACAACCACAGCUUCAAUAUCCACAACAGUUACAACUACCGAAAACAGUAAAGCCACACCAACAACAACAGCAUGGGUACAUACAACAACUGAGUUGCCAACAAAGUUGCCAACACAAACCUCAGCUACUUCCUUCACAACAAUUACUACUGCCACAGAAAUUAGUGCAAAACCAACAACAAAAGCAUUUACACCAACAGGUACAGGCACACCUACCACAAUAAUUGAUAAGACCAGCGUCUCAACUGCUGAAACUACAGCAACAACAGAGGUGCAACCAACAACCACAGCUUUAUCCCCUACAACAGUUACUGCUGCCACACACAAGAGUGCCACAUCAUCUACAACAACAUUUGUAACUAAACCAAGUGCAGAGUUACCUUCUACAAAAACUGAUGAGGCCAGCGUUUCAACUGCUGAAACUACAGCGACAACAGCGGUGCAACAAACAACCACAGCUUCAAUAUCCACAACAGAUACUACUGCCAAAAGCAGUAGAGCCACACUACCAACACCAGCAUUUGAACCUACUACUAAAACAGAUGCACCUACCACAAGAGUUAAUGUAAGCGUUUUUUCAACUCCUGUAACUACAGCAACAACAGAGGUUCAACCAACAACCUCAACUUCUUCCCCUAUAACAGUUACUGCAACCACACCAGCUACUACAACAUCAUUUGUACCUAUGAUAAGUACAGAGGCACUUUCCACUAGAAUUGAUGUAAGCACUGUUACAACACCUGUCACUACAGCAACAACAGAGGUUCAACCAACAACCUCAACUUCUUCCCCUAUAACAGUUACUGCAACCACACCAACUACUACAACAGCAUUUUUACCCAUAACAAGUACAGAGGCACCUUCCACUAGAAUUGAUGUAAGCACUGUUACAACACAUGUAACUACAGCAACAACAGUGGUACAACCAAUAACCACAGUUUCUUCCUCCACAACACGUUUUACCACCGCAAGCAGUAGUGUCACUCCAUUAACAACAGCAUUUGUCCCGCAUACAAGUUCAGAUGCACUUACCACAAACAUUGAGUUAAGCACCGUUUCAAUGGCUUUAACUACAGUAAGAACAAAGGUGCAACCAACAACCUCAAUGUUUUCCCCUACAACAGUUACUAGUACCACAAACAAUAGCGCAACACCAACAAAAACAGCAUUUACACUUAGAACAAGUGGAGAGGCAUCCACCACAAGCAGUGAUUUAAGCCCUGUUUCAACUGAUGUAACUGAUGUAACUACAGCAGCAACAGAAGUGCCAACAUCAACUUUAGCUACUUUCUUUACAACAGUUACUAGUACCACUAGCAGUAGUGCCACACCAAUAACAGCAUUUUCACCUACUACAAGUACUGGCACACCUACUGCAAGAGGUAAUGUAAGCACUUUUUCGACUGCUGCAACAACAGCAACAACAGAGGUGCCAACACUACCCUUAACUUCCUCCCCCACAGCAGUUACUACUAUCACAAGCAGCAGUGCCACACCAAAUACAGCAGCAUUUCUACCUACAACAAGUACAGGCACACCUACCGCAAGAGUUGAUUUAAGCACUUUUUCAACUGGUAUAACUACUGCAACAUCAAAAUUGCAAACGCCCACCAUUUCAUCCCCCAUAACAAUUAGUACUGUGUUUAGCAGUAUAAAUUCCCCGACAACAAUUUUAGCUAAAAUAUCAACAUUCAAUUCUGAAGCCACAAAAAUACCUACUUUCACUAAUAAUAAAUGCUGUGAAUGUUGUUUGAAAUUUCAAAAAACAAUCACAGACACACCCUCAACGGUAUGUUCAACAUUGUCUAACACUUUUGGAACUUCAGACAGAAUAAAAAGCACAAAUCUUCCAUCAACAACCGACUCUUUUUCAUUGGGAACCACAACUGGACCAACAACCACAGCUGUACCGAUAACAUCAUCUACCAGAACAAAAGAAGCUUUAGUUGUAACAAGAUUUCCUUAUACUAGCUUAGGCGCAUUCUCAACAGAAACCUUAAUGAUACCACUUACACAUAGAACUGCUCCUACCAUCACAGCUCUCCCAGAUAGUAUUACAAGUGGAAAAACAGCAGUUACAAUAACAAAUAUCAAUGCUGCAAAAACCGCCACAACAUUUAAGGAAAUUACUACAACCACCACCAUGACUACAACUAAGCUAACAACUACAUCUACCACCAUGAAGCUAAAAACUACAAUGGAACAAGUGACUAACACCACGUUAACUACAACAAAUGGGGAAAAAACAAAUGCCACCAUGGCCUCAACUACGCUAACGAGUCCAACCACCACUAACAAGACAAAGCCAACAGCUACAACUGCUGAAACCAAGGCAUCGACCACAGGAACUACUACAGACAGCAUAAAUAGGCCACAAUCUACAACCACCACACCUACCACAACUAUUACAGAUAGGAUAACAAAUACAAAAAUUAUAUCAACCAGAAUGUCCACAACCAAGACAAUUAUGACUACCAUAACUGAGCCAACAACCACAACCAUCACCACAGCUAAGCCAGCAACUACAACAACUGUAGCAUCUACCAUUGCCAACUUUACAGCAUCUGUGGCCACAAUCAAUUCAACAGUCACAAUCACAUCCUCCCCUGUAGCAGUAGCACCGACAAUUGUACCAUCUCUGAAACCAUCAACAAUAGCUGUAAAAACUACAGCUGGAGUUGGAUCCACCCCAACAUUUAAAGCCACAAGCACUAUCUCGAUUCAACCAAUAACCACUGUAACUGAGCAAAAAGCUACAACUGCCUCAACGAAGCCACCAGCUAUCACAUCUACUAUAGAUAAGCCAACACAUACAACUACUAUAGCUACUAGAGCUUCCACAGCCAAGCCAACAACUGUAAUAACCCCCGCAGAUACCACAACUAAGCCAACAAACACAACUGAGUCAAAACCUACAAUUGCUACAACUAAGCUAUUAACUACUACUAUCACUAGAGAGAUCACAAUUAGCCCAAAGUCUACCACCAUCCAAUCUACUACAACUGAGAAAAAAGCUACAACUGACUCAGCCAAGCCACCAGCUACCACAAAUAGUAAAGUUAGUACAAUUCAGCCAAUAUUUACAACAACAACAUCUACCAUAGACAAGCCAACAAAUAAAACUACUAUAGCUAGUAGAGCUACCACAGUUAAGCCAACAACUGCAAACCCCCCUGCAACUACCAUACCAGUUACUACAACUACAACUACUGAGAUAAUAACAACAAGACAAAUGAGGUUUAGAUCACCUGGAGAGACAUUCACUACUGAUUUGCUGGAUUCGUCUUCUGCUGGAUUUAAAAAUCGAGCCUCUUUGUUGAAGUUUACACUUGAGCCAUACUACAAACAAGGAUUUUCUUCAUUCCGCUAUUUGACAGUGAUUGCCUUCAGCAAUGGAUCCAUCUUCAACACCAUGAACCUUGGUUUUGCAUCAACAUCUGUUCCUAGUAGCUCUCAGAUUGCUAAUGUUUUGAUUAAUGCAGCAUCAAACAUUUCAGCUUUUAAUAUUGAUGUCAACUCUAUAACUGUGGAUGGCACACAGAUACCCACAAUUGAACCAACCACUGUAGCAUCUAUCAUUGCCAACUUUACAGCAUCUGUGGCCACAAUCAAUUCAACAAUCACGAUCACAUCCUCCCCUGUAGCAGUAGCACCGACAAUUGUACCAUCUCUGAAACCAUCAACAAUAGCUGUAAAAACUACAGCUGGAGUUGGCUUCACCACAACAUUCAAAGCCAUAAGCACUAUCUUGAUUCAACCAAUAACCACAACAAUUGAGCCAAAAGUUACAACUGCUUUGACUAAGCCACCAGCUACCACAAAUAGGGGAGUUAGUACAAUUCAGCUAACAUCUACAACCAAAGCAUCUACUACAGAGAGGCCAGCAACUACAACCACCACAACUAAGCCAACAACUGCAACUACCACAACUAAUUCAACAACUACAACCACCACAAAUAAGCCAACAACUACAACCACCACAACUAAGCCAGCAACGACAGCCACCACAACUAAGCCAACAACUACAACCACCAUAACUAAGCCAACAAGUACAACGACCAUAACUAAGCCAACAACUACAACCACCACAACUAAUUCAACAACUACAACCACCACAACCAGGCCAACAACUACAACCACCAUAACUAAGCCAACAAGUACAACCACCAUAACUAAGCCAACAAGUACACCUACCACAACUAAUUCAACAACUACUACCACCACAACUAAGCCAACAAGUACAACCACCAUAACUAAGCCAACAAGUACAACCACCAUAACUAAGCCAACAACUACAACCACCACAACUAAUUCAACAACUACAACCACCACAACUAAGCCAACAACUACAACCACCAUAACUAAGCCAACAAGUACAACCACCACAACUAAUUCAACAACUACUACCACCACAACUACAACCACCACAACUAAGCCAACAAGUACAACCACCACAACUAAGCCAACAAGUACAACCACCUUAACUAAGCCAACAACUACAACCACCACAACUAAAUCAACAACUACAACCACCACAACUAGGCCAACAACUACAACCACCAUAACUAAGCCAACAAGUACACCCACCACAACUAAUUCAACAACUACUACCACCACAACUAAGCCAACAAGUACAACCACCAUAACUAAGCCAACAAGUACAACCACCAUAACUAAGCCAACAGCUACAACCACCACAACUAAUUCAACAACUACAACCACCACAACUAAGCCAGCAACUACAACCACCAUAACUAAGCCAACAAGUACAACCACCACAACUAAUUCAACAACUACUACCACCACAACUACGCCAACAACUACAACCACCAUAACUAAGCCAACAAGUACAACCACCACAACUAAGCCAACAACUACAACCACCACAAGUAAGCCAACAACUGCAACUACCACAACUAAUUCAACAACUACAACCAUCACAACUAAGCCAACAACUACAACCACCACAACUAAUUCAACAACUACAACCACCACAACUAAGCCAACAACUACAACCACCACAACUAAUUCAACAACUACAACCACCACAACUAAGCCAACAACUAUAACCACCAUAACUAAGCCAACAGGUACAACCACCACAACUAAGCCAACAACCACAACCACCACAAUUAAUUCAACAACUACAACCACCACAACUAAGCCAACAACUACAACCACCAUAACUAAGCCAACAACUACAACCACCACAACUAAGCCAACAACUACAACUACUACAGUUCAACCUCCCCCACCACCAGUGUUUGUAGUUGUUGCAGUGUUGAUAUACACCUUUCAACCCGAACUUGAGGAUAAAAACAGCAAAGAGUUCAAGGCUCUUGAAACUCAAGUUGUAGUUUUGUAUGAGUUCAUCUACAGGGCCAAAUUUGGACUGCUCUUUCUUCGUUGUUUUGUAAUUGCAUUCACACCGUCUACAAGGGGAACACGUGCAAUGGAUACUGAAGCUCAAAUGGGGGUUGAGUUCAGAACAAAUGCAACUGCAGCGGAAAUUCCCGAUUCUAAAACUGUUUCAGAAACCUUAAUUCAGGGGGUUGUUAAUGCCAGCACCACCUUUAACAUCUCUGUUCGAACUGACACCAUUCAAGUGAUACAGACACCUGCAAUUAUCACAACAACUGCCAAUUCUACAGCCACAACAACUGCCAGUUCUACAGCCACAAUCAAUUCAACAACUACAAUGACAUCUUCUCCUACAACAUUACCAGCAACCAUUGUGACAACUUUAAAACCAUUAACAACAGAUAUACAAACGAUGCCGAUUACUACAACGACAACUACUGAGAUAAUAACAACAAGACAAAUGAGGUUUAGAUCACCUGGAGAGACAUUCACUACUGAUUUGCUGGAUUCGUCAUCUACUAGAUUUACAAGUCGAGCCUCUUUGUUGAAGUCUACACUUGAGCCAUACUACAAACAAGGAUUUUCGUCAUUCCGCUAUUUGACAGUGAUUGCCUUCAGCAAUGGAUCAAUCUUCAACACCAUGAACCUUGGUUUUGGAUCAACAUCUGUUCCUAGUAGCUCUCAGAUUGCUAAUGUUUUGAUUAAUGCAGCAUCAAACAUUACAGCUUUUAAUAUUGAUGUCAACUCUAUAACUGUGGAUGGCACACAGGUCUCAAAUGGAGUGGCCCACAAGAUCAGUCUAAUUACUGCCUUCUGGAUGGUGCUGUUAUCAUGGUUACUGUCAAGUCAGAACUAGCCUCUGUACUGAUUACUCUAAGAAAUACUUGUAAAAUUGUAAUCUUUGUUAAAUAAAAAAUCUCUCUUUUUAAAUCAGAAAUAAAAACCAAAGGUAAUUCAAUUACAAUAUUCAUCAAAGCAAAACAAGAUUCAAGCCAUCCUGAAAACAUUGAAACCAGCACUAAAGACAUAUUCUGCUUAAUCAAAUAUAUCAUGGAAACUUUAGGCAUUUACAUGAAACUCACUUUGGCACUUGUUUUUCUUGUUUGUCCUUUUUUAACCCUUUAACACCGGAAGUGUCGCCAGUGACCGCAAUAAACACAAACUCUUUGAAGUCCGUAACUGUUCGACUGUUUAUGCAAUUAACGUUGUUAAGAAAGGAUUUCAGUUUUUCGUGUAAUACUUAACUACUGUGUUUCAAAUCAUUGUGAAGCUCCUUUUCUCAUCUUCAGAAUCUGUUGGAAUUACAUCAAAUACAUUAAAACAUCGAAAGCUCCAGUGUUAAAUACUUAACUGAGAACCACCUUUUUAGAUUUUUCCUAUACCGUAGAAUAUAGAAAAUUGUUUUUCUAUCUUUAAAAAGCUGCACUUUUAUAAGAUCAUACAUAAUAUUUUAAAUAACAGAAAUAAAUAUGUUUUAUAAAAAGUGUAUUAGUUCUCUAAUAAAGGAAUUAUUAUGUACAUACAAUCAAA